AUGGUCGCUCGAGAAUAUGAAAGAGUUGUAAUAUUUCGGCUGGGUAGAUUAAUUGGAGGUGGCGCAAAAGGUCCAGGGAUAUUUUUUGUAUUACCAUGUAUAGAAUCAUAUACUAAAGUGGAUUUACGCACAGUAUCAUUCAAUGUACCACCGCAAGAAAUUCUAACAAAGGAUUCCGUAACAGUAAGUGUAGAUGCUGUGGUAUACUAUCGGAUAUGUAAUGCCACCAUAUCAGUGGCAAAUGUGGAAAAUGUUCAUCAUUCCACCAGAUUACUGGCACAAACAACAUUACGCAAUAUGCUAGGUAUCAAAAAUCUAUCAGAAAUUUUAUCUGAUCGUGAUGCUAUCGCAUUGUCCAUGCAGGCACUUCUGGACGAUGUCACGGAAAGAUGGGGAAUCAAAGUCGAAAGAGUUGAAAUAAAAGAUGUUCGUCUUCCGAUACAGCUCCAGCGUGCAAUGGCUGCUGAAGCGGAAGCAGCUCGUGAAGCAAGAGCUAAGGUAAUCGCAGCGGAGGGUGAACAAAAAGCAUCACAUUCACUUCAAGAGGCGGCAUUGACAAUAUCAAAAUCGCCUGCAGCACUGCAAUUACGCUAUCUGCAAACACUUAGCAGUGUCGCUAAUAUGGUUUUAAAGAUGAUGUGGCUUCGUCAUAUGGUGGUAUGUCGACGACUGACACGUGAAUAUAUUGUCACCAAUGUCCGUUAUGCUAAAAUUGCUACCACACGGUACCAUCUAUUGAAUAAUCCUUCAAACGUAUCGCUAAUGCCAUCAGAAAAUUCCGAAAAUAAUACGAAAGGAUGGAUUUUGAUUGGUUGUUUUGGUGUAUUAACUUUGAUUAGUGGCGCAUCAAUUCAGAAGCAUAUCAUUGGAAUAGGACGUGCUGAUGGAAGAAAUAAUGUGAAGAUUGAAAUAAGAAAUGAUUUACCAUUUUAUCGAAUGGAAGAAGUAGAAAAACAUGGAAGAAAUGCCGAAAAUAUUUGGGUUACUUUUCAAGAGGGUGUCUAUGAUAUCACAAAUUUUGUUCAAAGCCAUCCGGGUGGUGAUAAAAUACUUCUAGCUGCAGGUGGUCCUAUUGAUCCAUAUUGGAAUAUCUACCAGCAACAUCUAACACCAGAGACAAUCGAAAUAUUAGAAGAGUUAAGAAUCGGUAAUUUAGAUAAAAGGGAUAUCACAGUUAUCGAACUUAAGAAUGAAAAUGAUCCCUACCGCAAUGAUCCAAAACGCCAUCCAGCACUGAUCGUAAAAUCCGAAAAACCGUUCAAUGCUGAAACACCGGCCGAAUUAUUAAUGGAUAAUUUUUACACACCAAAUGAUCUAUUUUAUGUUCGAAAUCACAUGCCAGUACCAGUUGAUGUCCUGAUGAAAGCAGGUAUAAAUCCGAAUGAUAAACGUAUUAAGCAUGUUAUAUUUCGUGGAGCCGAUGUGGAUAGUGAGGGUAACAACUAUGAAGCAUCGAUAACGUUUGACAAAGCUAUGCAAGAUGAAGUUAUUAUUGCAUAUGGAAUGAAUGACGAAGAUAUCCCGCGAGAUCACGGAUAUCCAAUGCGAUUGAUUGCUCCGGGAAUUGUGGGCGCACGUCAGGUAAAAUUCCUUUCAGCCAUAAUCCUUAGCGAUGAAGAAAGUAAAUCACAUUGGCAGAGAAGAGAUUAUAGAAGUCUUCCACCGUUUAUUGGUCCAACAGAUCAACAAAAUUUCGAACUGUCACCUUCAAUACAGGACUGUCCAGUACAAAGUGCUUUUUGUUAUCCAACUGGGCCAACAAAACUAUCACGCUCAAGUGAUCAAUUCGAUGUGAUGGGUUAUGCUUGGAGUGGAGGUGGACGUGGUAUCACACGUGUGGAAGUGUCAAUAGACGGUGGUGAAACGUGGCAAGCUGCUCAGUUAGUGCAGGAUCCUGAUCAGGAUAUUGAUCAUAUGUGGUCAUGGACAUUCUUUAAAUCAACAAUAAAAAUUCCGGAUGGUGUGAAAAAAUUAGAUUUAGUAUGCAAGGCAACCGAUCGUUCCUACAAUACACAACCGGAUACAUCCCGAGGAAUUUGGAACAUUCGUGGUUUGCUUAACAAUGCUUGGCAUCAUGUCCCGAUUGAAAUUACAGACGAUUGA